GCGGAGGAGCGGCUCGGAGAAAGGAGGAGUGGCGAGUGGAGCUUUAUUCGACAGGGCCAGUGAGGGGACACCGAGGUGACAGCGACCGAGAAAGCCACCGCCUCUCGGGACCGCACGGGCCUAAGAGCCAGCCGGCUCCGGUCUCUCUGGAGAAUGAUGGCUUUGUUAACCAAUAGGAAGGCGCGGUGCCCUAGCUCCGCCAAUGGGCGUGGGCUGGGGGCGGAGCGUCUGGCUGUGCCGGGCGCAGCCAUGCUCCGCCGCUCGCUCUGGCUCUGCCUCUGCCUCUGCUCCUGCCCGGCACGCGGUUUACGCAUCCAUGAAUACCUGUACUUCCAAGUGCUGAGCCCUGGAGACAUCCGCUACAUCUUCACUGCCACACCAGCCAAGGAUUUUGGUGGUGUGUUUAACACAAGGUAUGACCAGAUCCACCUGGUCCCCGCGGAUCCCCCUGAAGCCUGUGGAGAACUCAAUAAUGGUGUCUUCAUCCAGGACCAGAUUGCCUUGGUGGAGAGGGGGGGCUGCUCGUUCCUGUCGAAGACGCGAGUGGUGCAGGAGCACGGCGGGCGGGCAGUGAUCAUCGCCGACAACGCCUACGACAACGACAGCUUCUACAUCGAGAUGAUCCAGGACAGCAGCAGGCGCACGGCCGACAUCCCGGCGCUCUUCCUGCUGGGCAGGGAUGGGUACAUGAUCAGACGCUCCCUGGAGCAACACGGGCUGCCCUGGGCUGUCAUCUCCAUCCCCGUCAACGUCACCAGCAUCCCCACAUAUGAAAUGAUGCAGCCCCCAUGGACCUUCUGGUAGCAGUAGGAGACUACAGCAGAUCAAGGACUUCUUGGUGGAUCUCAGGAGCUUGCCCCAGGGCCCAGGUGUGAGGAAAGAGUUCCAAGGCACUCCUGAGGUCCCACUGCCCCACAAUGGGGACACCUUUUUGCUGGCGCUGGCGCGUGGCUGAAAGGACAAAUACCAGCACCUGCGGUGGGAGCCCUGAGCCUGGCACUGAGCACCCCUCAUGAUGCCAUUCUGGGAAGUAGGUGACAGCCCAGAGCAGGCCAGCACUCCCCUGAGUAACAUUUUAACAAUGCCACCAGUAAAUUGUGCUGCUGAUUUA